CCAAGCUAUUGCCUCCGUGUUUCCCGACGAAGAAACGUUGGGUCAGCGUUUUGUCCUUUCUGAUUGGUAACUCCGGAAAUGCUAAUUCAUUACAGCAUAGCUCAACUAGAAUCGCACCAUGAUGGUGAAUCCAGUCACUUGAAUAUCUCGACAACUUUUUGUAUCACUUUUUGUGUAUCACUCUUUCUUGUACCAUGAGAUAUUCAGCGAAGGAGCAUGCCACAUCCGUACCUUCAUGGCAAUUUUGCUCCAAUCUACUCUGUACAACCACUGACGCCAUGCGAUUAUGAUGGAGAAAUCCCCAAUGAAUUGGCAGGUGGCCAAUAUCUACGUAAUGGGGGAAAUCCAGUUUCGAACGAGGAUUUGGGACGCGAUGCACAUUGGUUUGAUGGAGAUGGGAUGUUAAGCGGUGUCGCUUUCAGAAAGAAAAACAUUGAUGGGAAGAUCCAACCGGAGUUUGUUAAUCAGUUUAUUCUGACGGAUAUUUUUCAUGCAACAAUAACGACUAAGUCUCUGCGGUCACCGUUGCUCCCGAGCAUCGCAACUUUGGUCAAUCCUGCAUCUUCUCUUUUUAAAAUAAUUUUGAGAAUUUUCAGAACACUUUUUCUCGUUAUUCUCUCCAAUUUUCCCGGAUCGCAGCAAACAAUCAAGAAGAUUUCAGUCGCAAAUACAGGUAUUCUGUAUCAUGAUGGUUCGUGGAUAGUCGCUUAUCUUGUGGGAAUAUAUAUCUGACCUUCGCAGGAAGAGCUUUGGCGACUUGCGAGAGUGGGCCCCCUAUGCGAAUCAGCCUACCAGGAUUGGAGACAGUUGGAUGGUAUGAUGGAUGUAAAGCAGAAGGAGAACCAGAUGAGGAGGUAAUACAUGGAGAGGUAUUUGGUGGGAGUUCUGUGAUGAGUUUUAUGAAGGAAUGGACUACCGCACGUCAGUCACUUACUCCCACUCGUGCUUAUUUCACAAACUUUACUCUGGUAAACUCGUCUCUCUAACUUACUACCAGAUCCCAGGGUAGAUCCGUAUACUAACGAAAUGAUUUUGUUUCACUCAACCUUUUUCGCGCCAUUUGUGAAUUACUCAAUUAUACCCAGCACGCAAAAUUCAUCCCAGACGCAACCUCGAUUAGUCAACGCUUCCGUCCCAGGCAUCGCGUCCCCAAAAAUGAUGCACGAUUUCGGAGUCUCACUUCAUCAUACUGUAAUCCUCGAUUUACCAUUGUCACUCGAUCCAAGAAAUCUAGCACGAAAUUUACCAGUAGUCGCCUACGACCCAUCUGGUGUAUCCCGAUUUGGCGUAUUUCCCAGAUGGCUUCCGGAGGAGAUCCGGUGGUUUGAGACGAACCCUUGCUGUAUUUUUCACACGGCAAAUACUUGGGAUGAACACGAAAAGGAGGAGUUUGGAUCCAAAACCACUGCAGUCAAUAUGCUCGCUUGUCGCUUAACAAGUGCUUCACUUGUGUUCAGUGCUGGAGAUAUUGCUGCCCCUGUACCUCUUCCCACAUCAGAUCCGAUUUAUGCGCCAGAAGAGGAACAGUGUCGACUUUACUACUAUCGAUUUUCUCUGUCUUCAGAAACCAACAUAAUCACUCACCAACUCGCCCUAUCUUCAAUCCCAUUCGAGUUCCCGUCCAUUCGAGCCGACGUGUCCAUGAGCGAAGCACGAUAUAUCUAUGGUUGUUCAGUUUCGGAUAGUAGCUUCGGCGCAGCACUAGGAAGGGCUGUCAAGAUUGACUCUCUUGUCAAAAUUGAUGCAUCCGCGCUCAUAGCUAGAGCUCACGAUAAUCCACCGACGCCCAUCACCGGAUGUGUGGAUAUGCGAGCAGUUUCCGAAAUCCUGGCUUCUCAAGAUCCGAAUGAUCCAAUCAAGAUCUUCAAGCUCCCAGAAGGCAUCUAUGCACAGGAAUCCCGCUUCGUGCCCCGGGAAAAUGGCAAGUCCGAAGAUGAUGGGUGGAUUCUGAGUUACAUUUUCGAUGAGAGUCAGUUGGAUGCCAACGGCGAUGCGCCUGCGGAUUCAAAGAGUGAGUUGUGGAUCAUUGAAGCUAAGGAGAUGAGAGAUGUUGUUUGCAAGAUCAAAUUACCUCAGCGUGUUCCUUAUGGGUUGCAUGGAAGUUGGUUCUCGGAGGAACAGAUUUCAAGUCAGCGGCAGGUGGAAACCAUCAGAAGUCUGCCUAUCUUAAAAUCCAAGGGUAAUAGUGCCGAGGAAGUGGGUUCAAUGAUGCAGAUUUGGAUGGAUGUGAGAAGGUGGAUGCUAGGUGUCGUUGGAUAA